AUCCAGAUACUCAACAGAUGGAACAUUGAUCAGAAGUUCUCUCAGUCACUCAAUACUUGGAAGCGUCUGUCAUACCGACCAAGCAACUCCUCCCAGUCCCGAAAUGUCUCUCUAUCAAGUGGACCCCAGCCCGACAGUAGAGGACGAUACCUCAACUGUCAACGGAGGAGUCGUCACGCCACCAGAAACGGUCGCCGACCUUCUUGAAGGUCUAGACCCGAUCAAGAGUCCUAAUAGUAGUGUACCAUGGCCUGGUAAUAGCUACAUUAUACGAUCCGCGAUUUCCGGACAAGUUCUCACUCUCAUUGAGGGGCAGGUUGUCUUGGCAGCACCUGGAGGCAAAGGCUCCAUACAUUGGGCAUGCGUCCAAACCAAAGGCUGGCUCGGCUUCAAGAACACCGUCUCCGGGAGGUAUCUCGGUCAUGGUAAACACGGCAACCUCAUCUGUUCAGCAGGCAAACAUCAAAGCUGGGAGAACUUCUGUGUACGGAUGACUCCAGAUGGAGAUUACAUCCUUCUCAUGACGCAUUUUGAAAGACUUUGGCAUGUAGGGACUAAGAAUGAGAAUGGGAAGAAAAAACUGGCGAAGAUUGGGGAAAAUAUGGAGGAGGCAAUUAUUUGGGAGUUCAUCAAAGUUUGACCAUGGGAUCGGGGGAAGCUGGGUAUGGAUGAUAGCAUGGGAGUUAGGUGUUCAUUUGAUGGCUUUACGAGUGCAAUGCGAUAUGUAGGAUGGAUGAAUGAAUGAAUGUAUUGACGUCUCAUCAGGUUGUUUUGGCCUCCUGUGCAGCCCUUAUCCUAGUUUUCAAAAUUAGCUCCAUGUCCCGAUCCUCCUCUUCGCCUGUUGGACCCUCUCCAGUCGUCCAGCAUGGCAUUACAUAUUGUACAGACCUUUUUUUUUUUUUUUGGCUGCAAUUCAAUAGAUGAUUACAUAUUUCACAAGUCCCCUUCCUCCUCGCAAGGAAGAGGGACUUGUCUUGCGCUCUUGAAAUCCCCGGCUAGUUCGAGCCACCAUGUUAAAUCCUUGUCUGCGUAGUAUGACUGCAUCACGUUCGCAUAUGUGUCGUUGCUCUCCUUCUUAUCUUCAUUGCUUGUCGUCUUUUGGCCUGCCGAAUUUGUGGUGUGUGUUGUCUGGGAGUCUUGUUCCUGUGUUGGUGGGUUCAAUCUGGAUGUGGUGUUGGAUUGAGCGGAGGCGGUUUGGGUGGGUUUUGAGCUUUUCAUGGUGACGGUGGGUCCGAUCAAUGGAUCGAAGGGAGAGCUGGAUACUACUUGAGUUCUCUAAGGGCUGGAGUUGGAAUAGAAGGGGUGUUGGCUUUUUAUAAGGUGAGAAGAUCGGUGCCUGAAGCCCAUGGACUGCUGCCUGGGUUUGGUGGUUUCGCUUUUGUAGGCUCCAGCCAGAAUGAUCAUUAAGUAUUGUUCUGGUUGGAUAAUAUUGGCAGUACAAAAUACUAGCCACUAUUUAGAGAAUCCAUUCUCCUUGGAUACAUUGCGCUUCGCGUGGUAACGAUGCCAUUAACACAAGUUGCGAGAAAGGCGACAUGCCCUUGCUUUAAAGACAGCAAAUGACUGGCCAGUCACUCCAAACUUCUUCUUAGCUCAGUGAGUGCCAGUUGCACUUCGCUUGAGACUUACCGAUACAGUUGAUAGCUUGGAUAGUGACCUGACUGGGAAAGGACAUGCUUAGAAGGAAGACCACUCCCAAAAUCCAAAACUGUGGAACUUGCACUAAAGAAGAUGCUAUUUCGGCAAGGAAGGUGCGACUAGUUGUAG